AUGAAAGUAUCGAUCCAACAGUUAGCCAUUGGCAGCCGUAUUCUAGUCAUCUUCAUUCAGUUCCUUGCAAAUCACCUUCUUCCGGAUCACGAUGCCGGUGUCUUCCUCUCCCCAGUGGCUGUGGGGAAGCCACGACGGCUAGAUUGGCUCGUGGAGGGGCUUCUGGGUGGCUUCCGACGGUGGGAUGGUCAGUAUUUCCUUCACAUUGCCGAGUAUGGGUACACCUAUGAGAAUACUCUGGCAUUCUUUCCCCUCUUCCCGCUGUGCGUUCGCACUCUGGGGCAAUUUUUGCAGUACGUUCUGCCAUUUCUCUCCCUGAGGAGUGUGCUGCUCCUUGUGGGAGUGUUCCUGAAUGUAUUUUUCUUCACAAAAGCCACCCAGAACCUUUACGAGCUUAGCGUCCGGGUACUGGGGCGCCGUAGCCAGGCAAAAAUUGUCGCUGUCUUAUUCUGCAUCAAUCCCUCUUCAAUUUUCUUCUCUGCAUGCUAUUCUGAAAGCCUCUUUGCCUGGCUCACAUUCACCUUCAUGCGACAAUGUGUCCAGGAUAUUUCGGUAUCAAUCACCUUCCCGCUUAGCCUCAGUAUCCUCUGUCGCUCCAAUGGGCUACUCAACAUUGGCUUCCUCUUCUAUUUUGCUCUGCGAAAGAUUAUCCGGGAGUUGUCGGUGAAGACCUUCCUGGGUGUUGUGCUCAAAUCGGCUGUGAUAUCCUUCUUUGUUGUGUUCCACUUUGGGCUCCUGCAGGCCUAUCAUUUCUACCUGUUCUGCCAUCAGCUGAGUAUCAAAUUCCCCCAGCACAUUAUCACGUAUGCGCAUGAGAUGAACCUCAUUCUUGCUGGCAAUAAGACUGACACCACAUCGCCAUGGUGUGGGCAGAAGAUCCCCAUGGCGUACAGAUAUGUCCAGAGCCAUUACUGGGACGUGGGCUUUCUGCAAUAUUAUGAAUUUAAGCAGCUGCCUAACUUCCUCCUGGCCACGCCCAUUGUCAUUGUUAUCUUCAGCAAAUUCAUCCACUACUACCGCUGCAAUCGAAGCUAUUCUCUCCGUCUUGGAAUCUUCGUUCCUGACUCACUUUUCCGGACAAUGCGUCGUGUGGAUACGGAAGCGUUUGUCUUUGUAAUUCACGCCACGGCCCUCACGCUCUUCUGCAUCCUCUUCAUUCAUGUCCAAGUAACCACAAGGAUGCUGGCCUCAUCGAGUCCUCUGCUGUAUUGGACAGUAGCUGAAACUUUUCGCUACCCACAAACAACGACUCCGCGUGAAGUUUCCCAGAAGAAAGUAGAAGGGAAAAGUACGAGGAAGCUUUAUAGCAUCGAUGAGGAGACAGAUAUCAUUGACACCGUCUUCCUGGAGUACUGCUGGGCUGAGGAAUCCAAUCGUAGUGGACGUGUUCUCACCCUAUGGUUCAUCCUCUACUUCCUCUUGGGCACUGUACUCUUCAGCAACUUCCUGCCGUGGACUUGAAGCUUCUCUUUGUAAUAAAAGCGAAUUUUUUCAAAUAAAAAUUUCCUUUGCUCCAGCAAAA